AUGUCAACCCAAGAUGUUACCGAGUCUAAUUGUGUGGAUGAUGUUGAUUUUGUUCCUUCAACAAAUAUACAAGAAGUGCAAUCUCUUGAUAAUAGAAGUGAUGUGAAUGAGAGUAGAGGUAUAAAACGAAAGAAAACAUCUCCUGCAUGGGAUCAUUUUACAUUGCAAAAGAUUGAUGGUAAACUAAAAGCAGUUUGCAAUCACUGUGGGAGGAAAUUAGUGGGAGAGAGUAGUAAGGGGACUAAACACUUACUUCUUCACAUGGAAAGAUGUCCAGUAAGACAGAAACAACUUGCCAAGAAUCCUACCGCAAGCCCCUCAGUUACCUUCAAUCUUGAUCCUGAACUAGGAAGAAAAAAGUUGGCUGAAAUGAUCAUUCUACAUGAGUACCCUUUGUCGAUGGUAGAGCAUAGUGGUUUUAUAGACUAUUCGAAUACUAUUUCACCUAUGUUUCAAAUGGUGUCAAGGAAUACAAUUAGGUCUGACAUUUUGAAAAUAUACAAGAUUGAGAAAGAAAAAUUUCGAGAAGUUUUGGAGAAAAAUAAAAGUAGAAUAGCCUUAACCACUGAUAUGUGGACGGCCAAUCAUCAAAAGAGGGGAUAUAUGGCUGUGAUAGCUCACUUUAUUGAUGACUCUUGGAAGUUGCGUAGUCAAAUUAUAAGCUUUAGAUAUGUGCCAUGCCCACAUGAUGCUCCAACACUUACAGAAACUCUAAGUUCUUGCAUGUCUGAAUGGAAUAUUGAACACAAGAUUAGUACAGUGACUGUAGAUAAUUGUACUACGAACGAUGCAAUGAUUCCACUUUUGAAGGAACAAUUUGAUUCUAAGUGUUUCCUUUUAAAUGGAAAGCUACUUCAUAUGCGUUGUUGUGCACAUAUUUUGAAUCUAAUUGUUAGGGAUGGCUUGUCUGUUAUUGGCGACAGCAUUGACAAGAUUCGAGAUAGUGUUGCUUAUUGGUCAAGCACACCAAAGAGGUAUGAAAAAUUUGAGGACACUGCUCGUCUUCUCGGAGUGACAUGUACUAAGAAACUGUCACUUGAUUGUGUGACAAGGUGGAAUUCAACGUACUUGAUGCUCAAAACAGCUUUAUUGUACAAGAAAGUGUUUGAACGAUCAAAGCUACGUGAUCCAAAGUAUAAAUGUCUACCAUCAGAUGAUGAUUGGAUUAGAGCUCAGAAAUUAUGUGACAACAUGGAUGACAUCAGUGAGUUGUUUAUUAAGAAUAUGGCAACUCAAAUGAUGUCUAAGUUUCAAAAGUAUUGGGAAGAGAUUCAUGGACUUAUGACUGUUGCAGUUGUUUUGGAUCCAAGGUACAAAUUUAUGUUGAUCGAAUAUUUUUUUCCUAAGCUUUAUGGAAAUGAUCUAUAUGAGAUUGAGAUUGAGAAGGCCCGCAAGCUUUGUUAUGAUCUAUUAGAUGAGUAUAAGUCUAAAUGUCCUGAUUUAAGCGAAAGAAGUCAGCAAUUGGAUAAUACAUCAGCAUCUUUUUCAACAAAGGAUGAUCUAUCGAACUAUGAUACAUAUGUUAUAGUUGCAUCUGGUGCAGAGAAUGUGAAGUCAGAGUUAGAUGCCUAUUUGGAUGAGAAGGUGUUACCUAGGACUGAUGAAUUCUUUGAUAUAUGCAAUUAUUGGAAGAGUCUGCAUUUAGCACUGGUGGUAGACAUGUGGGUUCACAUCGAUCGAGACUUCAUCCAACUACAUUGGAGGCAUUGGUCUGUACUCAAAGUUGGAGCGACUAAACUAGUCACCAUUAAUGAUGAAGAUAAUGACAUAGAUCCAACUAUGUUUUAG